GUGGAGCUGCAGGAGCUGGUGAUGGAUGGGAAGAACCAGGAGCUUCAAUGGAUGGAGGCGGCGCGUUGGGUUCGACUGGAGGAGAACCGGGCUGAGGCCGGGGGUUGGGGUCGCCCCCACCUUUCUUGCUUAACCUUCUGGAGCCUCCUGGAACUACGGAAAACUUUUCAGAAGGGCACUGUGAUGCUGGACCUGUCUGAGACCACCCUGCCUGGGAUUGUCAACCAGCUUCUAGACCAAUUCAUCUAUGAAGGUCAAGUGAGGCCCCAGGACCGGGAUGUGCUGCUCAGGGCCCUGCUGGUCAAACACAGCCAUGAGGGAGAGUUAGAGGCUCUGGGAGGUGUAAAGCCCAUUGUGCUGGACCGCUCAGGAGAGCCCUCUGAGCCCCUGCUGGCCCAACAUCCCUCUUUGGAGAACCAGAUCUACUGUGAGCAGGGAGAGGGUUCCUCAGACCACCCAGGGCCGUCUCACAUCCUGGAGAAGAUCCCUCCUAACUCAGAGGCCGCACUGGUAUUAGUGGGUCGUGCCUCCUUCCUGGAACAUCCCAUCCUGGGUUUUGUGAGGCUUCAGGAGGCAGCCAGCCUAGAAGUGGUAGACCUCCCAAUACCUGUCCGCUUCCUCUUGGUGCUCUUAGGGCCUGAGAUCCCUCACGUGGACUACACCCAACUUGGCCGGGCUGCUGCCACCUUAAUGUCUGAGAGGGUGUUCCGAAUAGAUGCCUACCUAGCCCAUGACCGCAAGCAGCUAGUUCAGUGUCUUGAGGGUUUCUUGGACUGCAGCGUGGUGCUGCCUCCCACAGAGGCACCCUCAGAGUCAGCCUUACGCACCUUGGUACCUGUACAGCAAGAAUUGCUUCAAAGACGCUACAGGCUCAGCCCCUCUGAACCUGAUCCUGACUUCUUCAAGGGAUUAGACUUGAAUGGGGGUCCAGUGGGCCAGGAUGACCCCUUACAGAGGACAGGCAACUUCUUUGGGGGUGUGGCUCGGGAUGCUCGGCGCCGGUACCCCAAGUACCUGAGUGACAUCACAGAUGCGCUUAGCCCUCAGGUCCUCGCGGCUGUGGUCUUCAUCUACUUCGCUGCCCUCUCACCUGCCAUCACCUUUGGUGGCCUCCUAGGAGACAAGACUCAGAACAUGAUGGGGGUGUCAGAACUACUCAUCUCAACAGCAGUGCAGGGCAUCCUCUUUGCCCUGCUGGGUGCCCAACCUCUGCUUGUGCUUGGCUUCUCUGGACCCCUGCUUGUUUUUGAAGAGGCCUUCUUCGGGUUCUGUGAAAGCAACAACUUCGAAUACAUCGUGGGCCGGGUGUGGAUUGGCUUCUGGCUGGUGCUGCUGGUGAUCCUGGUGGUGGCCUUUGAGGGAAGUUUCCUGGUGCGCUACAUCUCUCUCUAUACCCAGGAAAUCUUCUCCGUCCUCAUCUCUCUCAUCUUCAUCUAUGAGACGUUCUCCAAACUCAUCACGAUAUUUGAAGAGCACCCACUGAAGAGAAACUAUGCCUACAAUGUGAGCUGGGACCCCGAGCCCAGUGAGGCCCUGCCCAACACUGCCCUCCUCUCCCUCGUGCUCAUGGCCGGGACAUUUUAUUUUGCCAUCACAUUUCGCAAGCUCAAAAACAGCUCUUACUUCCCUGGAAAGCUACGCAGAGUAGUUGGAGACUUUGGUGUUCCCAUUUCCAUCUUCCUUAUGGUCGUGAUAGAUAUAUUCAUUAAAGACACCUAUACCCAGAAACUCAAAGUGCCCAAAGGCUUCGCAAUCUCUAAUGCAACUGCCAGAGACUGGUUCAUCCACCCACUGGGCUUGUACAAGAUUUUCCCCCUCUGGAUGAAGUUUGCUUCUGCUGUGCCAGCUCUGCUUGUCUUCAUCCUCAUCUUCCUGGAGACACAGAUUACCACGCUCAUCAUCAGCAAGCCCGAGCGGAAGGUGAUCAAAGGUUCGGGUUUCCACUUGGACCUGCUGCUGAUCGUGGGCAUGGGCGGGCUGGGCGCCCUGUUUGGGAUGCCCUGGCUCAGUGCCACCACUGUGAGGACCGUGACCCACGCCAAUGCCCUCACUGUCAUGGGCAAGGCCAGUGCCCCCGGCGAUCGGGCUCAAGUCCAAGAGGUUAAGGAACAAAGACUCAGCGGACUCCUGGUCUCGGUGCUCGUCGGUGUAUCCAUCUUCAUGGAACCCAUUCUGUCAAAGAUCCCCCUGGCUGUUCUUUUUGGCAUUUUCCUAUACAUGGGAGUCACGUCGCUGAGUGGCAUUCAGCUCUUUGACCGAGCUCUGCUCCUCCUGAAGCCUCCCAAAUACCACCCUGAUGUGCCAUAUGUCAAACGGGUGAAGACUUGGCGUAUGCACCUGUUCACCUGUAUCCAAAUCGUCUGCCUGGUGCUGCUGUGGGUGGUAAAGUCGACGCCUGCCUCCCUGGCACUGCCCUUUGUCCUCAUCCUCACUGUGCCCCUGCGCCAAUUCCUGCUGCCCCUCAUCUUUCGAAACUUCGAACUCCAAUGCCUUGAUGCUGACAAUGCUGAGGUCACCUUUGAUGAAGAAGGCAGAGAUGUGUAUGACGAAGUACCCAUGCCCGUGUGA